UAGGGUUCGGAGGGGACGUUAAGGCUCUGACUCAGUCAAAAGGACGAAGUUGCACACCCUCCAUUUUUACAGCUCCCGGCCAUGCCUUCCCAGCGCCCUUAGUGCCCAGCGCUGCGGCCGUUCGAACAACCGCCACGCCGUGCAUAGGCGCGGAUGCUGAGGGCGCAGUUGGCCCGGUGCAUGGUCUCCAUGGCCACGCGCGCGUGUGUGUCGCAGGACGGCGCGGGAUCGGCGGCUGGCGGGCCAGUGGAGGCCGCUAUCCGCGCCAAGUUGGAGCAAGCCCUGAGCCCCGAAGUACUGGAGCUGCGCAACGAGAGCGGCGGCCACGCCGUCCCAGCAGGCAGCGAGACGCAUUUCCGUGUGGCGGUAGUGAGCUCUCGGUUCGAGGGGAUGAGCCCUCUGCAACGGCACCGGUUGGUUCACGCGGCGCUGUCAGAGGAGCUGGCUGGGCCGGUACACGCGCUGGCCAUCCAGGCGAAGACCCCCGCCCAGUGGAGGGAGAACCCACAGCUGGACACCAGUCCCCCCUGCCUAGGUGGAAGCAAGAAAACUCGAGGGACUUCCUAAUACCCAGACUGGGAGAACAACGAUCAAAAUGGGCGAAUGAGAAUAAACCUCUAGAUCACUACUA